CGAGUGAGCAUUCGAGCAUUUUAGUUAGCGGGCAGGGUUGUGGUUAACACGCGCUUAACCGCACAGUGACAUAAGCUCCGCGCGCAAAUCGUCGUACUACCUCCGAGAGCGCAUUGCUUUCUGUUUUGUCCGUACUCCAGUCGUAAACGAGCAUUAAAACGGGUUGGAAGCUGACUGGCCUAGCGCCGUCGGAUGCGUACGUAGCUUAAGCUCUAAGAGGUGCAGUUUGUCUCUCGAACGUUCUUUUGCUAGUUGCUGCGGUUUUGCAAAAAACGACAAAACAUAGCUCUAUAGCUUGCUGUUACAAUCACGAUGGCACAGCCACUAGUCAACUCCUGCUGCCGGUGCUACUCGCUCCGGAGUGGAUCGAUUGCGACUGGCAUCGUCGGUAUACUGCUGUCGAUCAUUUCCAUCAUACUUAUCUUCACCGUACGGAUCGACUUUAAAACCAUCCUGAUGGACUGGUUGCCACAGAACGUGGUGAAAAUCAUCUACGCGCUAAACCUGGUCAUGACAAUCUUGAUCUCGUUGCUGAUGAUCAUGGGUGUGAUGAAGAAAAACCAUUUCUUCAUGAUGCCAUGGGUUGUGCUCGGUUUAAUGCUUGCGAUUGGGCUGCUCAUUAGUGUGAUUUACAAUGCGGUCGUUUACUUCAUCGAUGGUUACAUUUUGGGUGGAUCGCUUUGGCUUGCGAUUGGAUUGCUUUCUGUUGUUAUAUACGUGUACCUGUGGAUCGUAGUGUAUAGUUAUUUUGUAUCGUUGAAAAAUGAAAACGAUCGUGGCCGUUACUCGAAGCAACCGUAUCGUCGAUAGAUGAAACUAUGUUUUUGUGUGUUGCUUCCGCUACAAACAUCACAAAAAGCCAUCUCCCAAUUUAAUUGUUGUACUUUUCAGUUUUUUUUUAAUAAUUUGUAAUCAAUAAUAAUUUGCUGUAGUAGCACAAUCAGAUUGUGCACUGUUAGUCAUUAUUUGUACAUAAUUAGGCGGUAGCAGUUACAAAAAAAAACAACGCAAACAAAAAUUUUAUAACAAAAAGAAUUCAAUCAAAGAACAAAGAAUGUACUAAUCGGCCAAGCAAAUGUGAAAAAAAACACUUAAUUGCAGAAGUAUAUUAAUGGCAACGCGCGCGCUUGACCACACGUGUUGUUUGAAAGUGUGUGCGUUAGCAUUGGAGAGAACUAACUUAUUUACACUUACUUUCUUUUUAUAAUUCUUUUGUUGACUGACAAACUCUCGAUGUACUCAUUAAAAUAUGAUUAACAACUGACUUACUGACAUAUGGAA